AAGUCGCAUGUUCGUUAUGAUGCUGCUAAUCCUAGACAUACUGGUGUUGCAAGAGCAAUUGAAUCUAAAGCAAUAAUCUCUAUCUGCGGCGAAUUGCAUAAGGGAGAUAAUAUGAUACAUAUUGUAACGACUGAUAUUGAAUGGAAUAAUACAUACUUAGGUAGCACAUCAUCCUUAGAACAAACUACAGAUAAUAAAAAAUGA